AAAAAAAAAACUAUUUUCCGUUAAUUCUCGUCGUGUGGAGCGAAGAAGAGAAACGGAGAGGAAUGUAAGGUGACCAAAGUGCGCGGUGUGUAUUUAUCUAUUUAAAGUCAAUAAUUUCCCGUGUGUACUAUACGUGUGUACAGCACCUUCCCGCCAUUAUCGCAUCGCGUAGUGUUUCCAUUCUUAAUGGUGGAGCUGCUUGACUCCCCUCCGUAGUGGCGCAAUGGACUCGUCCAUCCGUUUUCAGUCUCGUUCACGGGACGACGAUUAUUCGUGUUGACGAUCAGAGUUCGCGGGCGGCUCGGCGUGGGGCGUAGUGAAAAAAUCGCAUGAAUUUUCUCGACCGGCCGACAAGAGGAGUUAUGUGCCGAAAUACGUAUCGUCGCGUUGAGUGACUUGCCGCGCGCGCUGUAUUGUUUGGGUUCGGCCAUUUUCGAGUGGGGAAGGUUAGGGAGUGAGCGAUAAGCGUUCGCGCCGCACGCCGGGAGUGUAUACAAGAGUCGUUGUCGUUCGAUAUCGCGCUGGCGAUCGACAGUGCUUGCACGCCCGUGCGUCCAUGCAGCCGCAAUCGUGCGACGUGAGGCCGUAAACAUCGCCGCGCAAAUCCGCCUUUGUCAGCCAUGUGCAUUGCGGCGCAUCGUUCAAAACGUUCUCGCACCCCCGUGGCAGUCGGCCAAUGCGGCGCCGAGCGCCGUAGCCACGUGACUACGGUCGGCCAAUCGUGGUGAUGGGAUUUGAAAUCGUGCGUGGUCUUUGUUCACGGGCCUGCUCGUUGCCUCAGUUCCGUCAAGGGGCACCCGUGUCGGUGUUUCGUUUAUACAUGGUCGCUGCCGAAAAUCGUGCGACUCGUUCGCUUAAAUAUAUGUGUGAAAGUGGUGGAUACGCGCGACAAGAGCAGCUUGAUUCGGGGAUCGUCGAGCAUACGGUGUCGAUACACGUCAAGUGAAUGGAACUGGACACGAUAAAUGUGUAUAGCAGCGCGGGGAUGGAGCGGGAAUUGUCCAGCGAUCCGUGGGACUGCCUAUUCGGCAGUGACAGCAUCUCCGACGCCUUCCAGGAUCAUCCUGAUAUGUUUCACAUGGACAUCCGCCGUUGCGACAGCAUAGGUCGAUUCGGCUGGAGCCACGGCUUCGACUUCGGUGACGUUCUGACCGAAGCCGAAGACAAUCCGAUCGGCUUCAACGAAAAGAGCUACAGUUCGAACAGCAAUCUGGAGGAACUGCAUCUGGACAGCGACAGUGAGCUGGCGUUGACACUGGAUCCGAAUCUAAUAUUGCCGCGCAACAUGUCCAUGCCGAUCCGCAGCCCCGUGUCGAACGGCGAAGCGGCAAUGUUGGAGACGGCGAGCGUGGAGGACGUAGCCGGCCACGAGGAGGAAGAAACGGAGAACGAAAGCGAGGCCGAGCGUACCGAAAACGAUGAGGAAAGCGGCGAAGAAGAGGAGGAGGCCGAGAACGAGGAGAAUGAACUGAAUCGAACGGAGUAUGAGACGGAGGAAGAAGAAACGGAGGACGAGGAGGAGGAGGAGGAGGAGGAGGAGGAGGAGGAGGAGGAGACGGAAGACGAUGAGCAGGACGGGAUCGGUCAGCGAUCGCUCACGCCGUCGAACGUGGAAGCGCCAACGUCGUUGUCAUCGUCGUCAGCUGGCAUCGCCGCCAGGACUCUAACCGCCACUUCGUCGCCGACGAUACAGCUGACGAGGAUGCAGAUACAGCAUCCGAAGAUGAGCACCGUGUCGAGCACGGUGAAGGUGCACGACAUCAAGGUGCUGGCCGCCAGCCCGGGCAACCAACCGUCGCAGCACAUACGCAAGCAGAUCUACAACAAUAAUUUGCACGACGUUAGCCCAGGCGCGACGACGGUAAUGAUACAGACGAAACGCGAGAAAGAGCCGGUGGUGGGACACCGUGACAAUCCUUACCCGAAGCCCGCGUACUCGUACUCGUGUCUCAUCGCCAUGGCGUUGAAGAACAGCCGGACAGGAUCGUUGCCGGUCUCCGAGAUCUACAAUUUUAUGUGCCGACACUUUCCGUACUUCACAACUGCGCCGAACGGCUGGAAGAAUUCUGUGAGGCAUAAUCUGUCGCUGAAUAAAUGCUUCGAAAAGAUCGAAAAACCGCCGGGUAACGGCAGUCAGCGGAAGGGUUGCCUGUGGGCGAUUCAUCCGACGAAAACGGCAAAGAUGGACGAGGAGGUGCGAAAAUGGUCGAGGAAGGACCCAAUGGCGAUCAAGCGGGCCAUGGUGCAUCCCGACCAUUUGGAGCUCCUCGAACGGGGUGAAAUGAAGUACGAAGGGGACGAUAGAUACGAUGAGAUGUACGAAGACGCGGAGAGUUACGGGGGAUCGGAAACAGCCGGUUCGGCGGAAGACGAGCCGAUGAACGACGAGGAGAACGUUGCGUACGACGAUACGAAGAACGAUAUCGACAUCGUCGAUGACGACAUCGUUGUGGAGCAUCUUUAUGAGGAUAUCGACCUCGUGGAUGCCGCCGAGCUGCUUGACACGCGACUGAGCGACUUCCCUAAGCAGGAGGAGCCCCUCGUGUACGAGGUGGUGUCGUGCGCGAAGCGCCAAAAGACGCUCUCGACUUCGCAGACCGAUUAUGUCUACCAACAGGUCGAUGCGUCGCCCCGGCGAAAAGCGCACCUUGUCGCGCUACGGAGCGGAACCGCUCCGGGCACCGGAUCGUUCCUCGAGAGCGAUUAGAUCUAGAUAUUGUACAAUCGAUGCGACACGCGAGGUGUACUAUACCUUUUUUUAUUACUAGAAUAGAUUGUAAAUAAUUGUGUACUCUACUUUUUUAUACAAGUUUGUACAUAAUUGCGUUUUAUAUAAUAAUGUAUUUUUUUUAUACAGCGCGUUAGGAAUAUUGUAAAUAAUUGUAGUUUUUAUG